CCAAAUCGGUGGCAUUCACUCUCUUCUUAGUCAUGGUAACAUCUCUUCCCUUCAACCUUAAUGCUUCGUCUCGGCCUUCGAAUGCCCUCCACCGAGGCAGCUACCUCUCUGUGGAGAGGCCUUCCGUGGAUGUCCUUAUUUCAGAGAAUGGAACGUUCAAGGCGGGGUUCUACCAAGUGGGCGAGAAUGCAUUCUCCUUUGCCAUCUGGUAUGCCGAGACGCUCAACCAUCCGGCGACUGUCGUCUGGAUGGCUAACAGGGACUGGCCGGUAAACAGCAGGGCCUCUCGGCUAUCUUUCCAGAGAACAGGUGACAUCGCCCUGCUUGAUGCAGAUGGCAGCGUCGUGUGGACGACCACCAACAAGGACAGGGCCGGUGCCGGGGAGGUUGCGGAGUUGUGGGAAACAGGGAACCUGGUACUGCUGAACCGGGAGAGGGGGGUGGUGUGGCAGAGCUUCGACCAGCCGACGGAUACAUUGCUGCCAGGGCAAUCAUUAUCGGGGUCCUUGAGGUUGGUGUCUAGAGCAGCAGAGGGCAAUCAUAGCCGCGGUUACUAUGUUGCCCAAUUCAAUGAGGACAGCGUGCUGAGUUUCAUUUAUGAUGGGCCUUACACGUCCAGCAUCUACUGGCCCAACCCUGACAAUAAUGUCUUCCAAAACCGAAGGACCAGGUAUAAUAGUUCAAGGCACGCAAUUUUGGACGAGAUGGGUCAAUUUAUUUCAAGUGAUGGGUUGAAAUUUUUUGCACUAGAUUUUGGCUUAAAAGUCAAGAGAAGAUUAACGAUGGAUUUUGAUGGAAUUCUGAGGCUGUAUAGCUUCAAUGACACAACAAAAAAUUGGCAAGUUUCAUGGAUGCCAAAAUUGGUAAGAUGUAGAGUUCAUGGCCUUUGUGGGGAAAAUGGUAUUUGUUUUUACAAACCGUUCCCCACAUGCACUUGUCCUCCUGGUUUUCGUAUGAAAGAUGCUGCGGACUGGACUCAAGGUUGCAAACCAGAAUUUGAUCUUCUUUGCAACGAGACAAAAGUGAACUUUAUUAAGCUUCCACAUACAGAUUUCUAUGGCUAUGAUUUUGAUUACAAAUCACAAAUAUCAUUUGAAGCUUGCAAGAACAUAUGCAAAAGUGACUGCAGGUGCCGUGGUUUUAUAUAUAAGCUGGAUGGAGAAGGAAACUGCUUCCUGAAAAGCAUUCUCUUUAAUGGUCAAUCUGCAGGUCCUCACAUUGCUGGCAACAUGUAUGUCAAAAUUCCCAAACAAAUGAACUUUAGUGGCAUUCUUGGCCAUUCCAACUUAGAUUGUUCAAAAGUAAGUCCAUAUAAGAAAUUAGAUAGAGCUUAUGCAGUCGGCCAAGCAAGGGAAGGCUAUUUAAAGUAUCCAAUCGGUUUUGUUAUAGCUUUUGGGGUAACAGAAAUAAUAUGUGUGGCAUUUGGAUGGGCUUAUAUGCACAAGAAAACAGUCCACCUCCACAAUCUCAAUCAAGGCUAUGUGGCUGUCUCAAUGGGCUUUAGAAUGUUCACUUUCAAAGAGCUGAAGGAAGCUACAAAAAAUUUCAGUGAUGAAAUCGGAAGGGGUGGAUCAGGGGUGGUUUACAAAGGAGUCUUAGAGGAUAAGAGAGUUGUAGCCAUAAAAAAGCUAGAGGGCUUGAGCCAUGGAUCAGAAGCACAGUUUUGGAGUGAGGUAAGCACCAUUGGAAGAAUCAAUCAUAUGAAUUUGGUGACUAUGUUUGGAUUUUGUGCAGAAAAGCAAAAUAGGCUCUUAGUUUACGAGUACUUGGAAAAUGGGUCAUUAGAGAAGAACUUGUUUAGCAAUAGUACGAUGCUUACUUGGGAAAAUCGGUUAAAUAUUGCACUUGGUACAGCAAAGGCACUUGCUUAUCUUCAUGAAGAGUGCUUAGAAUGGGUGCUUCAUUGUGAUGUGAAACCACAAAAUGUUCUUCUUGACAGAGAUUUCCAGCCAAAAGUGGCAGACUUUGGUUUGUCCAAGCUUUUUGAUAGGGGUGGAAAUAACAUUUCUGAAUUUUCUCGGGUGAGAGGAACAAGAGGCUAUAUGGCUCCUGAGUGGAUUUUGAACCAGCCCAUCACAUCCAAAGUCGAUGUAUAUAGCUAUGGCAUUUUAGUACUAGAGUUGGUGACUGGCCGAAAUUCCAUUGGAUCUCAACAAAUAUUUGAAAAUGGAGAAAUUGGAAACAAACAGUUGAUUCCUUGGAUUAGAGAAAUGGUGAAAACAAAUCAGAAUUGGGUGGAAGAAAUAGCAGAUCCACAAUUGUAUGGAAUGUUUGAAAACUCAAUAAUGGGAACCCUAAUUAAAGUGGCUUUGCAGUGCGUUGAAGAAGAAAGGGAUCUAAGACCAAACAUGAGCCAAGUUGUAAAUUCCAUCACAUCUGCAUGCCUUGUUGGCAUAGUAGUGCAUGAAGAAAUUGAGUAA